CCCACGACAGCGCCGGUUCACGCGACUACCCAAUCCUAUUAAGCUUCCACACAUUUCCUCAACCAUGUCUCCGCCGCUAUCACCGCUCUCUGCGACCAUCGGACCACCAAACCACGGUGGCCUACACCAACACUUUCAACUCCGUGGUUCAUGAUUUGUUGUCUAUUUGCUGAUUUAUAUAAGUUGAAGCAAUAAUGGCGGUGACUCGGAGAAGGAAGCAACCAGAAGACGAAGUACAGCAGCCUCCGGAUACGAAGCCAGACGAAGACGAUGAUAAGGAAGAAAAAGCAUUAAAAAAGUCAAAGACCAAGAACUAUUCGUGCCUCGAUAACUGUUGUUGGUUUGUAGGAUGCGUAUGCACGGCGUGGUGGCUGUUGUUGUUUCUAUACAAUGCGAUGCCUGCCUCUUUCCCGCAGUUUGUGACGGAGGCAAUCACCGGACCUAUGCCGGAUCCUCCCGGUGUUAAAUGUUUGAAAGAAGGUUUGAAGGUGAAGCAUCCGGUGGUGUUUGUGCCGGGGAUUGUAACCGGUGGACUUGAGCUAUGGGAGGGGCAUCAGUGUAUGGAUGGUUUGUUCCGAAAGAGGCUUUGGGGUGGGACGUUUGGCGAAGUCUAUAAGAGACCUUCAUGCUGGGUGCAACAUAUGUCGCUAGACAACAAAACAGGGAUGGAUCCACCGGGUAUACGGGUCAGACCCGUGAGUGGACUUGUAGCUGCUGACUACUUUGCUCCAGGAUAUUUUGUAUGGGCUGUUUUGAUAGCUAACUUAGCUCGUGUUGGGUAUGAAGAGAAGAAUAUGUACAUGGCUGCAUAUGACUGGAGGCUCUCAUUUCAAAAUACAGAGGUAAGAGACCAAUCUUUGAGCAGGAUAAAGAGCAAUAUAGAACUGAUGGUUGCUACAAAUGGUGGCAAUAAAGCGGUUGUGAUUCCACAUUCAAUGGGUGUUAUUUACUUUUUGCAUUUCAUGAAAUGGGUGGAAGCACCAGCUCCGAUGGGUGGUGGUGGUGGACCAGAUUGGUGUGCUAAACACAUAAAGGCAGUGAUGAACAUUGGUGGACCUUUCUUAGGUGUCCCAAAAGCUGUAGCCGGCCUUUUUUCUGCUGAAGCCAAAGAUAUUGCAUCUGCCAGGGCACUUGCACCUGGUGUGUUGGACUCGGAUUUAUUUCAGAUUCAAACGUUGCAACAUUUGAUGAGAAUGAGUCGCACGUGGGAUUCAACCAUGUCCAUGAUACCGAAAGGUGGGGACACGAUUUGGGGUGGCCUUGAUUGGUCACCUGAAGAAGGUUAUUGUCCGAGUAAGAGAAAGAACGGGAAGAAUGUCACCGAAAACGAGUCAACAAAUCAAGAAUGUGAAGCAACACACGCAAAUUAUGGAAGGAUGGUGUCAUUUGGAAGAGAUGUAGCGGAGGCACAAUCAUCUGAGAUCGAAAGGAUAGAAUUUAGGGGUGCGGUGAAAGGAAACAGUGUCGCAAAUCAUACUUGUCGGGACGUGUGGACUGAAUACCAUGACAUGGGAUUUGGUGGUAUUAAGGCUGUUGCUGAGUACAAAGUGUAUACAGCUGACGACCCCAAAUAUGAACAUUACAAAUACUGGUCAAAUCCGUUGGAGACCAAGUUACCAAAUGCUCCCGACAUGGAGAUCUAUUCGAUGUACGGAGUCGGAAUCCCAACCGAAAGAGCAUAUAUUUACAAACUCACUCCUGCAGCGGAAUGCUACAUUCCAUUCCGGAUUGACGCGUCAGCAAAGGAUAAAAACGAGGACUGCUGUUUAAAAGACGGAGUUUAUACAGUUGAUGGGGAUGAAACAGUUCCGGCAUUAAGUGCAGGAUUCAUGUGUGCAAAAGGGUGGCGUGGGAAAACCCGAUUCAAUCCUUCCGGAAUCAAGACACACAUUAGGGAAUAUGAUCACAACCCUCCAUCUAACUUUCUCGAGGGUCGAGGCACACUGAGUGGGGCCCACGUGGAUAUCAUGGGGAACUUUCAAUUGAUUGAAGAUGUUAUAAGGGUUGCGGCAGGGGCCACAGGUGAAGAAUUGGGAGGCGAUCAGGUGUAUACGGGAAUAUUUGACUGGUCCGAGAAAAUCAACUUGAAGUUGUGAAACAUUUAAACAUUUGCCUAUACGAACAAUUUAUAUUAAAUUGACAUGAAAUGUGUAAUGUGAGGAAUUAGAUUGUCCCCAUGUACAUUAGUAAACUAGAAAUUUGUAAUUUGGGUGUAUUAUUUUGUGACAUGUUUCCAUAAACAGCCAUAAAUUUGUUUUUUUGAUA